AUGGAGGAUGCAAAUGAAUAUAAAAAGCUGCCAACAGAGGAGAAAUGUGUUCAUAAGUUGUGGAAAGCUAGAGUUGCAGGUUAUGAGGAGGCGAUUAAACUAUUUAAUACAAUUGAUGAUGAGAAAUCACCAGAAUGGAGUAAAUACUUGGGGCUCAUAAAGAAAUUUGUCACAGAUAGUAAUGCCAUGGCUCAAGAGAAGGGUCUGGAGGCUGCAUUGGUGUUUGUAGAAAAUUGUGGCCAUGCAGGUAAAACUACAGGAGAAGUUAUGUCUGGAAUUGUCGCUAAAUGUAUUGCUGCUCCCAAAACAAAAACGAAAGAUCUUGCUCUGCAGGUCACACUUAUGUAUAUUGAAAUUGAAAAACAUGAAAUUGUUGAAGAAGAACUUUUAAAAGGAAUGGAGCAGAAGAACCCAAAAGUGGUUGCCGCCUGCAUAGUUGCACUUACUACAGCUCUAAAACAGUUUGGGAAUAAAGUAAUAGCUAUUAAACCGAUGGUUAAAAAGAUACCAAUCUUACUAGCCGACAGAGACAAGACCGUCAGAGAUGAAAUGAAAGCAUUGGUUAUUGAAAUGCAUCGUUGGAUAGGCCCUGCGAUAGAGCCGCACAUAGCUAGCCUCCAGGCUGUGGUCCAGCAAGAGUUGAGGGAGGCGUUCGGCAGCGGAGGGGUCGCCCAGCCCACCAGAUAUCUCCGUUCGCAACAGAAUAAAAUACGCGACUUGCCAACUUCAGACGCCACUGACGGGGGAGGCGAUGACGAAGACGCGGAAACUGGUGGCGGUGAAUCCGCUGACAUGGACCCUUACGACCUACUGGACCCCGUGGAGAUACUGUCGAAGUUGCCAAAAGACUUCUACGAUAAACUCGACGCGAAAAAAUGGAAGGAGCGAAAAGAGGCUCUUGAUGCUCUCGAAUCACUGUUGAAGACUGCACCAAAGUUGGAGCCCGGAGACUAUGGCGAUCUAGUCAGAGCCUUAAAGAAGGUGAUAUCGAAGGACACGAACGUGAUGCUGGUGGCGCUCGGCGGGCGGCUGCUGGGCGUGGUCGCGGCCGGCUUGAGGGGCAAGUUCCAGCCGUACGCGGUCUCCUGCGUUCAGACCGUCCUCGAGAAGUUCAAGGAGAGGAAGGCCAACGUGGUAGCGGCGCUGCGCGACGCCAUCGACGCCAUAUACCCAUGCACCAAUCUCGAGGCGAUAAUGGAGGACAUGCUGGCGGCAUUCGACAACAAGAACCCGUCGAUAAAGGCUGAAAGCGCGCUGUUCCUCGCGCGCGCUUUGUGCCACACGCAGCCGACGGCCUUCGGGAAGAAGCUCAUCAAGGCCUAUGUGGCAGCCCUGCUGAAGCUACUGGAGAGCGCAGAUCCCGCAGUGCGCGACGCCGCCGCCGAGGCGCUCGGAACUGCUACCAAGCUGGUCGGCGAGAAGAACAUCGCUCCGCACAUCGGGAAACUGGACAAUUUGAAGGAGCAGAAAAUUAAGGAGUUCGCCGAUAAGGCCGUCAUCCAAGUGAAAGUGGCCGCCCCCAAGAAGGAGGUGAAAGCGAAGGGAGCUCCCGCUCCGGGCAAGGGGGACGGGAAGCCGAGCGCCGGCUCCGCCCAGCCCAAGCCGGUGAGGAGGCCCGCCACUGGCAAGAGGCCGGCGGCCGGCGCCAAGAAGGCCUCGGCGAGGGCGCAGCCCAGCCCGCCCAGGGAGCAGGAGCUCUCCCAGGAGGAGGUGGACGCCAGGGCGGAGGGGCUGUUCGCCGCCGAUGUCCUCUCGGGCCUUGGCGACAGCAAUUGGAAGAACCGCCUAACGGCCGUGCAAGCGUUGCACUCUACAAUCCAGGGGCUGAGCACUGAUGAUGCAACUGCUCAAGUGCUGUACCGAACCCUCAACAAGAAGCCGGGCCUCAAAGACACCAACGUGCAGGUGCUGAAAGCACGCUUGGAGGCCUGCAAGUACAUCACUGAAAACUUCCCAGUGUCCACGACCGCGGCAGAUUUUGUGCUUCAAGACGUUGUAGCAAAGCUUGGCGAGAGCUCCUGCCUAUCAAUAUCCGCCGAUUGCCUCACUUGCCUCGCAGAAGGAUGUGGGCUGGAGCACGUGCUCAAUGAAGGCCUAACAUAUGCGAUGGAUACGCAGAAGAAUCCCAAAGUGCAGUCGGAGAUGUUUAACUGGAUGUCGGUCGCGAUUAAAGAAUUUGGAUUUACGAUGAACGUCAAAUCGAUUAUCGCACACUCGAAGAAAGCCCUGUCGGCGACGAACCCGAACGUCAGAACCUCCACCAUCAACUUCCUCGGCAUUCUGUCUCUCUACGUCGGCCCGUCCCUUAUAAACCACUUCGACGGUGAAAAAGCCGCUACCAAGCAACUGGUCAGUCUAGAGCUGGACAAAUACGCUAAUAGCACGCCGCCCACGCCCACUAGACAAAUGGGAACAGUCAGUAAGUCCGCAAGCAAGGGUUCCGUGGGCGACGAGAUCGAGGAGGGCUACGAGGAUGCGGCCGAGGAGGAGCCCGCCGCCGUGGAGGACAACAGGCCGCGCACUGACAUCGCGCCGCUCAUCACCGACGCGCUGGUGGCCGAGAUCAACGACAAGAACUGGAAGGUUCGAAACGAAGCUCUCGACAAAUUAAAAGCAUUAAUCACGAACUCUGCGCCGAUAAAACCGUCGCUGGGUGAACUACCAGCAGCCUUGGGCGCGAGAUUAUUGGAUUCGAACUCGAAACUUGCGCAGAGCGCACUGCACAUAUGUGAAGCCCUCGCCACCGCAAUGGGAUCCAAAUCGAAACAGCAUGUCCGUACUUUCUUCCCGUCUUUCUUCCAAGCGUUCGGCGACAGCAAGCAGUGGAUCCGCACGGCGGCGGUGUCGUGCGUGGAGGCGUGGUGCCGCGAGGCGGGCGCGCACACGCCCUUCGAGGGCGAGAUGGUCUUCGACGCGCUCAAGUCCGGCUCGCCCGUGCUGCGCGCCACGCUGCUGCAGUGGCUCGCCGACCACCUGCCCAACGUGCCGCCGAAGUCGUUCCCGCGCGAGGAGCUGUCGCUGUGCGUGCCGCUGCUGUACGCGUGCCUGGAGGACCGCGCGGCGGACGUGCGCAAGGCGGCCGCCGACUGCGUGCUGCCCGUCAUGCUGCACCUCGGCUACGAGCCCAUGCACAAGCAGCUCGACAAGCUCAAGCCGGGUUCGAAGACAGUAGUGCAGGCGGCGUUAGAUAAAGCCAGGCCCAGCCUCCCAGUGCAGCCUCUACCGACGAAAACCAAAAAAGACGAACCACGCGGAGUGAAAUCUGCAGGAGCCCUCAAGAAGGAUGCUGAGAAGAAAGUCUCGCAGCCCGUUAAAGGAAAGGGCCCCGUUAAACCUACAUCAGCGUCCAGUCGUGGCAAAAAGGAAGACGAAGACUGCACACCGUUGCUACCUAACAAUAACUCGAAGAAUCAGAGAAUUAUUGAUGAUCAAAAGUUGAAGGUUUUGAAGUGGAACUUUACGACACCACGUGAAGAAUUCUUCGACUUACUGAGGGAGCAAAUGGGAAGCGCUGGGCUAAAUAAGCAGCUGGUCGCAAAUAUGUUUCACAGUGACUUUAGAUACCAUUUGAAGGCGAUUGAAGCGUUAUCUGAAGAUCUGCAAGAGAACGGUCCGGCGCUGGUUGCGAACUUGGAUCUGGUGCUCAAAUGGCUGACGUUGCGCUUCUUCGACACCAACCCCUCCGUCAUACUUAAGGGUCUCGAGUACCUCUCUUUGGUCUUCCACUACCUCACGGAAAGCGACUACACCAUGGCCGAGUACGAGGCGAACUGCUUCAUCCCCUAUCUCGUUAUUAAGGUUGGAGAUCCAAAGGACACAGUGCGUAACGGUGUGAAGGCGUUGUUCAAGCAGAUUUGCGUUGUAUAUUCCGUCACGAAAUUAUUCGGUUAUCUCAUGGAGGGGCUAAAAUCGAAGAAUGCAAGGCAACGAGCCGAGUGCCUGGAGUGCGUGGGCCACCUGCUGGAGACGUACGGGUCGACGGUGAUGGCGCCGGGCGGCGGCGCGGCGCUGCGCGAGCUGGCGCGCCACAUCGGCGACAGGGACAACGCCGUGCGCUCGGCCGCGCUCAACUGCGUCGCCAACGCCUACUUCCUCGAGGGCGAGAAGGUCUACAAGAUGAUCGGCCAGAUCUCCGAUAAGGACCUGUCUCUUCUCGAGGAGAGGAUCAAGAGAGCGAGCAAAAGUCGCAGUGCGGAAGCGAGGAGGUCGAUGGUUGUGCCUCUAUCAGCAUCUGGAAGACCCAUUCAGCCGGUUCCCGAGGAUGAGCCGCCAAGACGCGUGAUAUCAGUUGACAAUGUACCAACCGCAGAAUACGAAGAGGAGGAAAUCGAGGAACAACCACCGCCACCUGUACCACAGCCGGUGGCGCCUGUGGCCCGCGCGAUAACGGGACCGUUCGGGCUGGACCCCGAGCUGAUCGCGCAGCUGGACGCGGCCGUGCCAGUGACGCGCCGCCCCGACCUGCCCGAGAUCGACCUCAAGUUCCUCGACGAGCCCGUGCCCGCGCCCGCCGCCCCGCCGCGCGCCACUAUGGUGACGAUGUCUCCUCCCCGCCACAUGACGCCGCACCCGCUGGUCUCCGCGCAGCAUCAGCAGCAUCCCCAGCACCCGCAGCAUCCCCAGGCCACUCAGCACUCGCAGGCCGUGGACGACUCGCAGCUAGCGGACACUAUCCACUCGAUAGCCAGCCCGGACCUGAACGCGGCGAUCAGGGCGCUGUCCCUGAUAUCUGGCGCGCUGGUGUCGGGGCGGGGAGGGGCGCUGGCGGCGUACGAGUCGCGUCUGCUGACGGCCAUCGCGGCGCAGCUGCGCCGGCUGAGGACGGCGCCGGCCGAGCCGCAGCACACGCUGCCCGCAUACAAGUGCCUCACGGGCGCGCUCAACACGUUCUACGACGCGGCGGGGUGCGGCGGCCACGUGGGCGAGGCGGCGCUGUGCGCGCUGCUGGGCGAGCUGCUGCGCGUGCUCGGCGGGGGCGCGGGCGGCGCGGGCGGCGACGCCGAGCGGCUCGUGCGGAUCCUCAACAACGUGUGCGUCAGCGUGCUCGAGCACUCGCCGCGCACUCCGCUGCUCUGCGCUAUAGUUUCCCUUUUACACGAGUCCAUUGGCGUAUCGGAUCCAGCAUACCCUCGUUACCAAGACCUGUUGCUGAAAUGCUUCUGGAAGACUCUAAAGAUGAUCGCAACCUGGGAUGUAAACUCCAUAGACUAUGAUGCCGUACUAUACAAAAUUCAUCUCUUCUACAAAGCCUUCCCUAAUAGCUAUUGGAAGAAAAAUGCUGACAUCAGUGAUACGCCUUACAGAACUGUAAAGACCCUAGUUCAUACACUAGUUAAAAUGAAAGGGGCGGCAAUAACGAACCACCUAACACAAAUACCAGAUGUCAAUGAAUCUGAUCUUUAUCCCUAUCUGCAUAAAGUAUUAAAGCAAUUGAAGCUCGACGACAAGAAGGAGAAUACGGCCGAUUCGCUGAACGGAGGGGGCGGAGUGGGCGUGGGCAUGGGCAUGGGGGGAGUGGGCGUGGGCGCGGUGUCGGGCAACGCUUCCCUCCACUCGGGGCGACUGCCGCGCGCGCUGCACGAGGAGCUGGCGCUCAUCCUCAAGCGCAUCGGCUCCAAGGACCACAACCGGGACGCGCUCUCCCAACUCUACGAUCUAAGGGAACGUCAUCCAGAGGUCGACAUAUGGACUUUUAUGCAGGGUUCAUCAUUCUACUUCCGCAACUAUGUGGAGCGAGGCUUGAGGGAAGUUGCAGAGCAACGCAAGAUGGCAACAGUGCCAAUUUAUAAGCACGAUUAUAAAAAUGAGAAUAUAGAUAUCAGCAACGAAAAUGAUGAAAAAUCUCAUGUGAUAUUCCUGGAGCGACUGAGGGCUUUACAGGCUAAAGCCGGCAUGAAAACGGAAUCGAACCCUUCGUCCCAGCCACGCACCCCGGUCGGCGAUAACCGCGCUCUCGCGGAGUCCAUCAACGAAAACAGCUUGCCCCGCACCCACAGCAUCGAUCCACAGCUCGAAGUAGGUUUGCAUACUCAAACUGUUUCGCAAAAGAACGAGGCGGCGGUGGAUGCGCUUCGCCUAAAACUGCAACAGAUCAAGAGUUCGUCCAAGAGA